GCAAUGAUCAUCCAUUCAUUUGGUGUCUGCAGGUUACGGUAGCGUGACAAAGCCGCAUUCCUCAGUUUCUAUUCAUCAUGCAAUUCACGGUAUCAUUUAUAGCAAUCCUGGGAGUAGCGGUAGUCUUUGCCACUGCCGGUCCGGUUUCUUCCGAUGGAGAACGUCAUGCCGCUAAGUAUCGCUUCCAAUACACUGUUCAUGAUGACCACACCGGUGACAUUAAAAGCCAACACGAGGAGCGAAACGGUGAUCACGUUGUCGGACAGUAUACGCUGAUCGAUUCUGAUGGCUACCGUCGAAUUGUGGACUACUCAGACAAGCACACCGGAUUCGUGGCCAAUGUCCACCGUGAACCAUUGAAGAAUCAUCAUGUCGUUCCGGCAGUGAAAGCUAUUCCCAGUAUCCCAGUUUUGAAGCUCGCAAAAACGGUAUCAUUGGCACCAGCGGUUCACAAUCUUAAACCAGUUCAUCACGUUGUAUUAUCCUUACCACAAUACACCCAAUCGUAUCAUAACGUAGCACAAGCUACGAUCGUAAAACCAGCAGUCUAUCAGAAGAAGGGUCAUAAUAGUCAUUCGCACACUAGCUUUAAAAGCGGCAGUGUUAGUUAUCAGUAUUAAGCUU